GAGAGAGAGAGAGAGAGAGAGAGAGAGAGAGAGAGAGAGAGAAGGAGAAGGAGAAGGAGGAGAGCCAGCUACACGUUUCGCCGCCCAGUCAUUAUUGUGACACAGGGUCUGCGUGCAGCCCCUGUGCUCGGUGGCGCCGCCCUGCUGUGUGCUUGGAGACACUGCGGAAGGAGCCUGGUGAGCGGGGUUCGGCUGCUCAGCGAGGUCCACAGUCUAGCUUGGGGGCGCCUGUCCAGCAGCACGUCCACAGUCAUGGACUCUGAGAGUGUGGAGGAAGCCCCUGUGGCCCCCCGAGCGGGGCUGAAGAGCGGGGAGACCCUCAUCACCGAGGGAAAGGCUGGCAUCAUCUUCCCCAGCGCCAACGAGGUCUUCUACAACCCAGUGCAAGAGUUCAACAGAGACCUGACGGGUGCUCAGUGUGUGUGCUGGGGAGUGCUCGGUGAGCUGGAAGAGGAUCCGGCUGAGGAGGAGGAGGAGGAGGAGGAGGAGGAGGAGGGAGUGGUCAGCCUGUCGGAGAACGAGGAGGAGAGCAAGCCCGGCCAGGACAGAGAGGCUGAGCGCUCGCCGGACACUCGCACCGGUCACUGUGAGGAAGCGCAGAGCCGGGAGAGAGAGAGGACUGCCCGUGUGGGGGAGUGCUGUGAGGAGGGACUCCGGAUCCUGGAAGGUUUGGCCGCGUCGGGUCUUCGCUCCAUCCGAUUCGCCAAGGAGGUGCCGGGGAUCCGCAGCGUGACGGCCAACGACUUCUCAGCGCGGGCUGUGGAGCUGAUUAAGAGAAACGUGGAGCACAACGAGGUGGAGGGGCUCGUCACUCCCAGCCACGCUGACGCCAGCAUGCUCCUGUACGCGGCGCGUGGGAAGAAGGAUCGCUAUGACGUCAUCGACCUGGACCCCUACGGAAGCCCCGCCCAGUUCCUGGACGCGGCCGUGCAAGCCGUGAGCGAGGGAGGGCUCCUGUGUGUGACCUGCACUGACAUGGCGGUGAUGGCUGGUAACAGCGCAGAGACCUGCUAUAGCAAAUACGGCUCCAUCUCCACCAAGGCACGCUUCUGCCACGAGAUGGCCCUGCGGAUCAUCCUGCACAGUCUGGACCAGCGAGCGAAUUGCUACCAGCGCUACAUCCAGCCCCUGCUGUGCGUCAGCGUGGACUUCUACAUCCGGGUGUUUGUGAGAGUAUUCACCAGCCAGGCACAGGUGAAGAACUGUGCCAGUAAGCAGGCUCUGGUGUAUAACUGUGUUGGCUGUGGCACCUUCCACCUGCAGAGAAUGGGCAAGAGGAUCAACCAGGGAAACCAUAUGAAGUAUUCGGCUGCCAUUGGACCCCCUGUCGGCCCCUCCUGUGAGCACUGUGGACAGAGACACCAGCUGGGGGGUCCCCUGUGGGCCGAGCCCCUUCAUGACUUGGGCUUCGUCGAGAGGGUGCUGUCGGGGGUGUCGAGGAACCCCAAGAGAUUCGCGACCAGCUCCCGAAUCCAGGGAGUGCUGAGCAUGGUGACCGAGGAGCUGCCGGAUGUCCCCCUGUACUACACCCUGGACACCCUGAGCAGCACCAUCCACUGCAACACCCCGUCCCUGCUGCAGGCCAGGUCUGCGUUCUUGCACGCUGGCUUCAGGGUCUCUCUCUCUCACGCCUGUAAGAACGCCCUGAAGACAGAUGCCCCUCCCAGUGCAGUCUGGGACAUCAUGAGAUGCUGGGAGAAGAAGAACCCAGUAAAGAGAGAGAAGCUCUCUGAGACGAGCCCAGCCUUCCGCAUCCUGUCUACUGAGCCCAUUCUGCAGGCCUGCUUCGAUAUCCGGGAAGAUGCCAAUCCCAAAUCCCGGAAGCAGCAUCUGAAACGAUUCCAGGAGAAUCCCGAAGCCAACUGGGGACCCAAGGCCCGGGCGAAAGCAGGGGGCGGGAUCUCUGUGGCUCUGGAAGAACGAAGGAAGCAGCUUCAGAACAAGAGGAAGAAUCGCAGCGAAGAGACCAAACGACUCAAGAGCUUCCCCUGCAAGAAACUGAGACAGGGGACCUGCGUGCUAGGGGAGGAGUGCCACUACUCUCACGAGCAGAAGAAAGAGGGAGAGGAGGAGGAGGAAGGAGGAGAGAAGAUGGAGUGACCUAAGAGAGAGAGAGACAGACAGACAGAGCUGUGCAGUGAUUGAAAUAAAUGUGUUUUUUUUCCUCUAUUUCUUUUCGCCCCGACCGGCUGUGUGUGCUGUGUUCUGGUAACGUGCAGUCUGGGCUUCAUAAUAAAUAAAUAAACACACGGAAAA